GAGGCGGCCCCGCGCAUGCGCCGCGGUGGGGGCAGGGGGCGGCGGGCGCCGCCGCGGGGCUGGGACGGGCAGGGACGGCGCCGUCGCCGGUCCCGCCGUGCCUGCGGCCAUCGCUGGGCCGGGCCGGGCCCCGCCGCGGGGCGGAGGGGCGCUGCCCGGGGGAUGUGGCCGGUAGAGGCCCCGGCCGCCGAGCCCUCCGUCCCCGGCCACAGUCCCGAGCCCGCCCCCGCGGACCCGCCCGAGAGCCCCCGCGCCCCGGCCAGCCCCUGCAGCAGCCCCGGGCUGGGCUCCGGCUCGCUGCCGCCCGACAGCCUGCAAGCGCUCCCCAGCAGCGGCAGCCCCCGCGAGUCGCCCAGCAUCCAGUGUGACAGCCUGGAGUGCCCCUGCUGCGGCAGCGGCUCGGCGUCGCUCGGCGCCGGCGAGGACAGUCUGCAGGGCCCGCUCGCCGCCUGCCCGGGCCGAGGGUGCUCCGGGACGUGCCACAGCAACCCCGCGGCGUCGAGCCGCCUCUCCGACAGCCUCGAGUCCUCCCUGGCCCAGCACGACAGCCUCCAGUCGGUCUGCAGCCUGUGCGAGAGCUUCAGGUCCUCCAGCAUCAACGGUGACAGCCUUGAAUCCCUUUCCAGCCUGAGCAGUGGGUCCGCCAGCCAGUGAGCCCGCCUUCAUCCCCCACACAGUGCGCUGGCCGCUGGGUCACUUCCACCUACGGUGAGAGCUUCCUGGUUUCUGCCCUUCCUCCGGACGGCUGCGUUGAUUCUGGCUGCAUCCAGUGCCGUAACCUCCAAUACUUACUGUCGGUAGCCGCCAUUCCCAAGUUACAAGCUUCAGAGAGGCGGUGCUCACUGUUACCUGCAGUGUUAACGCUGGGUUUUUUGUCAUCGGUUAAGAAUGGAGGUACGUGGUCCUCAGAGGAAUCCCAGCUACCUCUCUGACCUCUAUCAGAACAUGUUACGAGCUGAAGAAGCACGGGGACGCGGGCAGCAGCAGCCCCCAGCAGUCCACACAAGUAGCAGCAAGGCCCUUUGGAGCAGCACCCUGGCCGAGGGGGGCCCCCAGCCAAGUAAGCUUCAGAGCAGCACUUCCUCCAGCUGCGAUCCCGCGCUACGGCCUAUCAUCCGCCGCCGAGCCAGAUCUUUGCCUACAUCACCCGAAAGAAGGAAGCGAGCAGCAGCACAGUGUCAAGUUCCCGGAUGCCAGAGUCGUAUAAACCGGGUGAGAUUCGCUGAUGCUUUGGGCUUGGAGCUUACUGAAGUGAAAGUCUUCCAGACAGGGGAGGAUCCAUCGAUCCCCUUGCAUGUCCUUUCCAGGCUCUCCAUAAACUCAGACCUCUGGUGCAGUAGCUCAGACUUGGAGUUUUCUAUGCAGUGCUUGGUCCCCGACUUCCAGCAGCCUGCGGACAGUAUGGAUUUCUCCUCCCGACUUCAGGAGCAACAGGUGUGUCUCGAACGAGUGACCAGCUCAGAUCUGGGGCUCAGUGGCACCAUCCAGGUUCGCAAUAUUGCUUUUGAGAAGCAAGUAUCUGUGCGAUACACCUUUAACCAGUGGAAAAGCCUCCAUGAAGUGUGUGCUCAUUGGCGCAGUAGCAUCCCUGAGAAAAACGGGCAAGAUCAGGUUGAUGUUUUCACUUUCUUUCUCCCUGUGCCUCCUUUCCUCCUUCAGCUGUGCUCUGUAGUCCAGUUUGCAGCAAGGUACCAAGUCAACGGCCAGGAGUACUGGGAUAACAACAGAGGCAAAAACUACAUUUUAACCUGCCGGAUUCACCCCCUUAAGAUGCCUAGGGAAUGUGAGGAGAGCUGGAUCCACUUCAUCUGAGCCAAGGAUGUGGACGCAGAGCAGCUCGUCAGUAGUCUCGGUGGCCCUCUCUUCCUUGGCAUGGCUCUCUGCUCCCAUGGCAGCAGUCUCCCUUUUUGAAACCUGCCAAACCUGCCAAAGUGUUCCAGGGUAGCGAAGUAGCCAAUGACCCGAACAAACUGUUCUAAACCUUUCAGAAAGUAAAAAGGGCCAAAAUGUGUAUUGAGUUACAUCUGCUGGAAGCUCAUGUGAUUUCUUGUAGUGUAUAUGAGCUGUUGCAGGAUGAUUCCAGGGGAUGCUGUCAGACUACCUGAGAGAAAAACAGGACCUUUCAUGUUGCUAGGAAUGUUCUAGGUUGCAUAGAAUAUUUGUGGUUGUUUCCUAAAUGGACAGUGUGGCUUUACUGGUUGCGUUUCUAAUUUUGUUUAUAUUAUCUCACUAAGUCUGGGCACUAUUCCAUUUAUGCAUAAUUUAGAUGGCAGACACUGUGGGGAGUGCUUGUAUUUAUAUAUAUAUAUACAAAACCUAGGACUGUAAUCACGUUAAAUGUUUCCUUUAAUAUUUGAGUUAGAAAUUAAAUGUUAUUACAAGCAGAACAUACAUGAAAAUGUGCCAUCAGCCCCGUUUCCCUUAAGAAAAGGCACUUUUUUUUUUUUUUUUUUUAAUCUCCAGUGUUUGCAAUAGGCAGCAGGAAUGAUUGUUACUGAAGUGUGUGUAAGGCAGAUCUUCACGGGGAAGUUCUCAUCUUUUUGAGGUGAUGCACAAGUAGGCUUUUUCUCUGGGUAGUGGUACAGGAAUUGUCCUUUCCUUGUGCACCUGUUUUUCCUAAGGGAAACUAGAGCAGUUUUGCAUCUGUGUUGCAAUUGCAAUUGAAGAUCUCGAAGCACUGUAUCAAUGCUAAUGACUUUACCACUGUUACUGGUAAACAUAUAAAUCAAGACAUUGAUAUGAGAUAGAUACAUUUAUUUAAAAAACAAAUAAAUAGACAGUACAAGGAGCUGGUUACAGAGCCCUGGAAUAGCAUGCCAGAACCCUGAACGAUGACUCCCUGUUCCCCAGCGUCCCAGUGCUACUGCAGUAGUAUGUUUGAAUUCUUUAAUCAACUACUUCUCAUUAUAAACCAGUUGAACUCCAAGAAAAGUUCAUGGUAAAAGCAAAAUCAUGGUUUUACUGGUAAACUGAUACUUAGACCCAUAAACAGAAUCCCUUCUGCAGCAGGGAGAGCACAGUAACACUAAGUGCAGUCUGCCCAUGCUUCUUGCUCUACUACUUUAAUUUUGUGGUUUUAGUGUGAUUUAAGAUUGGCAACAGGCUUAAAUCUAACAAGUAAAAUAUUCUCCAUUAUUUUUUUCAUACAUAUUCAUAAGUGCAUGGAAAGUUUAGCUUUAUAUGUGUAGCAUAAAUUUUCAAAACUGGCUGAUUGGAUGUAUUGGAAGAGCUGCUUUUUAGGCCUAUACCGUGAAAAUCAGGCCACUUACCUGGGCAUCUUAUUUUGGAUUGCUGCUUAUGCAUCAAAAUCACGAGUUGUUCUUAAAAUCACCAUUGUAAGCAACCCACAGCCAAGUAUAUAUCAAUCAAAAAAGCCUAGUAUUUCUGGAAGUGCAGAAACCCCAAGAAAAUUCAUGUGUCUGGCAACUUAAUGUUACUCCUUAUUUGUGAUACCCAUUUAGCAAAGCUGGGGUUUCAAGUGAAGAAGCUGCCUCGUUCCAUUAGUCUUUGGCUUUCAAAGGAACGGAAAUCAUUAAUGAUUCUGUGAGCUGCAGAGCACCUCUUGCAGAGUACUGAGAAAAUUCAAUCCUGUUUGAAACCACUGAGAACUGACCGUGUAGUUUCCUUUAACUUUGUAUUGGAGUACUGUUGAGGUUGAACGAAGUUGAAAUUGUUUUGAAGGAGUAGGUGAGGCUGAGGUGCGAUUGCCAGCUACAAAGAGUGCUGUCUCCUUUCAAUCCGCCUGCUUUACUUUCUGUAUCUGGGUUAGAGGAGUGACCAUUGCCAAUGUAGCAGCAGCUCUUGUCUCCUAGAAAAAUCAAUGCAGGGAACUGGAAGACUAGUCUUCCUCAUAUGGCACAAAAAAUGAGAGCUCUGUAAGAAGGGGCACUGCCUGAUUAAUUGUAAGGCUUUAUUGCCUCCUCUGGUGGGCUUCUUAUGGUUAAAUGACAUAUGACAAUACAGGACAUAAUAUAUCUGAACUAGUCAACAUAGAGUCUUCAUAGUCAAUGGAGAUGUUUUUCCUACGGUUAGCAGACUACCUGCGGUGUGAAACACUGCAUCAUCUCUGCUGAGUGCAGAGAGAACGCUGCAGGACUAGUUCUGCCAUACUGAAAUUCUCAGCAUUCGUGCAGAUUGUGCCAAAUUAUGCCAGUCUGUAGGUAUCAAGUUAGAUGAGCUGAAACACACCUUCAGUGACUGCAGAAGAAUCUUUCUUGGCGUGAAUUGAAAUUGCAUACCCUUACUUUUGUGAAACACUCACUUAAGGAAUUUCAUUAAUUUUUAUCUAGUAUUGUUAAAGUCCAUAUAAGCAAAGUUUUAUGUACUCGUCAGCAAAGUAAAAAGAAGACAAACACACAUGCACAGAAGCACUUGUGCUGAAUAACUUGCACUAUUUUAAAAUAUUGUUCCCCUCCCAAACUACUGUAUUUCUUCCAUCAGCAAAACCAAGGCUUCACCUUUCAGCACACCAUAAAAAAUCCUAUUGUUACCAGACUGGUAUUUGACACUGGUUUACAAUGGACAUUGCUGGAGCCCAACACAGUACUUGGCUUCCUGGCAGAAAGGUGCUGUUGCUGUCUUCUGGGAGGGACUUUGUCAUGUGCCAGCAAAUGUCAAAUCUGAGUGGUGUUGCAGGCCGGGAUAGAUUAUGUAAAGCUGAGGCUGUCAGUUUAAAGGUUAACGUCAUGUAUACAGUGUAGGAGAGAGGUGAGAAAUGAAUGUCUCAGUGAUGUGAGUUUGGCUUGUAUUGUCUUCCUUCCACAACCCCUCAGGGUAUUUGCAUGUGCAAAAUCUUGAAUACUGAAGUAUUAUUCCAAGUUUGCCUUUUGUCUUUGCUUGUCUUGCACUGCUGGAGAAUAAUUGACAGUAGCUGUUACUAAAGCAGCUGUUGUGGCUGACUGUGGGUCAAGCAGGCCUUCCUCGUAAUGGACCUGUGGGUGAUCUCUGGGUUAAGCUGUUAAAACAUUCACACGAGUACUGGCAUCUGUCACAUGUAAGAUGAAAUUUGCACUUAACGUUUUCCUGUCACAUUCAGUAGUGAUUCUAGGUGACAAAAAGGGGAUUAAGCCAUUAAGUAGUGGUAAUAAGUCGUGAAGAUAAGCUUAUGACCACCGUUAUAAAUUCUCAGGACAAUUUGACUGCUUGCACUGUGUUCAAAGUGAGCACUUCUGUUAUAAUGAGGAUUUUGUAAAAGUGAAUUCCUCACAAGGGUUAUUUGCCAUAUAAUGCACUUUUAAAAACUUGUAUUUAUUAUAGUGAUGCAAUAAAUGAAUGAGCAGUCCACAGUUUCAAGGUUCUUUCAAGCAUGUUUUUAAAAAAUACAUAUGGAAUCCAUGUAAAUGAAUAGGUGUUGUCUUUCCUGAUGAAAUGUCUUCUCGAGAAUAAAGUACAUUACACAGUGUAUCAGUAAAGCACAUACAUUAGACAAAAGGUCAUUUUGUUUUAGUGGAGAGUUGUAUGGUUGCAAAGUGCUUAAUUCAUUUAAAAAAACAGUAAUAAAACUAUGGCUAUUGUAAUACAAAAGACUGUAAUAAAAGCUUUUCAUAAUUUUA